AUGCAGUUGAAUUUUGACACGUCAUCGUUUAUAGUUUUCAUUAUUGCAGUCAUUCUGGUGGGCAGCAUCGCAGCAUUCAUUCCUCAAGUUCGAGAAUGGCUAAAGCAACGAGCGCGGUCGCGUGAAUGUCCACCGGCCGAGCCUUUUGCGCCAUCGGUGCGGUUGCCGGUGGUUGUUGACGCGGCGGUGGUUUUCACUUCCCACGAGGAGGCUCAGCGUCAAGUUGAGGCAGGCGUCGCGCCGAUCACGCGCGUGCAAAGCGAGGUGCAGGGGCCACGCUUCAGUUCUUUCCCUAGCCACUUCGGCAGCUCCAACGCUACGAACGAAGGGAACACAGCGUCUCGGGUAUGGCCGGAGGUCAUGCGGGGCUUGCCCGUUGACCACACCUUCCACUUGCCCGAGGUGAAUGCAUCCAGCUGUAGCUUGAGCCACCUCUCCGGCACGAGGUACCAACUGCGCCGUGCUAGCAUCAUAUACGGCAAGGCAUCGUACCUCUCACACAGCAGCAGCGUGAAGUCAGUGGGGGACCCGUCCGAGGCGAUGCAACACCCCGAGCCCGCAGGCCCCGUACACGUGCCUGAGGGACCGUCGUGA